GUCAAGUUGGAUAAUUCCCAAAAACUGGGAAAAAAGAACUCAAGCGUCAAAUGUUGUAGGUGCAUCAUCAUCAGUCUACAAGUAGUAAAAAACCCAUUCGAUUUGAUAAGAAGACCCAACGGAAAGAGUCUUCCCGUCUACAAAGUAAACCCAAUCAAUCUUAAUAAUCUUUAAGAGGUUUUUUCUUAUUAUAAUUAUCUAUCUCUCUAUCUAUCUAUCUGCGGAUCUCUCAUGAAGAAACACUGAGGAGAUUCUCUCGCUCUGAUCUCCUGGUAUCGUCGUCUCUCUCCGUAGAGAUAUACUAGUUUGUCCCAUAUCCGAUUGAUUGCUCUAUUCAAUUUAUUCCUCUUCUAGGUUUUCGGUUUGGCCCUCCGAUUUAGAGGGAUUGAUGGCCCCUGAUGGCGUUGAAGACUCCGACUAUGAGAGUGAUCCCGACGAGUUGAACCGCUCCUUGGCUACACGGAGGAGAGAAGCCAGCGAUGAUGAUGAGGAUGAUGAAGAAGCGGACGACCAUGAUAAGCUGCGAGCAGCAAUCCAGAUUCAUUCCGAUGAACACAGUGGUGUUGUUGUUGUCGACUCUGAUGAUAAUGAAGGAUUGCACAUAGAAGAUAGUUAUGGUGAUGAUGACGACGAAGAGGAAGAUGGUGAUUAUGGACAAGUUGAUGACCAUGUCGAAUACAUUGCGGAUAAUAAUGACAAGACAAUUGUCGCCGGCAAUGGGACCGAUGACUCUGCCGCCACUGAUCUUGUGGAUGGAGAGGAACAAAAGAAGAAGGAACCUUUUGCAGUGCCUACUGCUGGAGCUUUCUAUAUGCAUGAUGACAGAUUUCAGGAAUUGGAUGCCGCCUCUAAUAGGCGAAUGCGUGGUGGUAGGAGGCUCUGGCAAUCCAGAGAUGAAAGAAAGUGGGGACAUGACAAAUUCGAGGAAAUGAAUACACAGAAACAGCAAUAUGAUAGGAGGACUUCGAGAGGCCGAGGCAGAGGUCGUGGUCAGGGUAGGGGUCAGGACCGUGGACAGUCUCGGGGGAACAAUUCUAAAGAAUUUACUGGCAAUGGACACCAAAAUCAGUUUCCGAAGGCUGUCACGAGAGGGAGGGGGGCCAGAAGAUAUGAGGUUGCAUUGAGAAAUGGGAAUCAAGCACCUUCUGUGCAAACCAAACAGUCCCAAAAUUCGUCUGUGGAAGUGUCACACGUUGAUUUAGGGCGUCCACCAACAGAAACAGCUACCUUAGAGACUGAAGCCAUCCAAGCCAAAAAGAAUGUAUUUGCUUCAAGUUUAAAUUCAGCUUCUCCUCCAUUUUAUCCUUCAAGAUCCAACAAUAACUUGGCACAAAAGGAUGUACAAGCUGGCAUGGGUAGGCUGCACAUUAAUGAAAACCCUAAUCCGACUGGAAAGAAGUUUGGGAAUACAAAAUCCAGCUCCUUGUGGGGACGCACUGCUCAGACUACAAGUCAUGGUAGAGGUGUACCUCCUCAUGGGCAAGUGCUUUACCAGCAAUCUCCUAAUCAAGGUGACAAAGUUUCUUCGCCGAUGCAAAUCCGUGGAAUGCCUAAAGGCACUGACCAGAGCUGUACUCAACUUCCUGGUCAGGUUUUUAAUCAACAUUCGGCUGUUAUCAGUUUGCUGCCUUCUUCUCCUCCAAAAACCGGAUCAUCAGAAAAUCCGUAUCUUUCUGGUGAAAUAGAGUCAGCCGUAGAAACAGGUGCUUUGGUUGCCAAGGGAAAAGGGUCUCUCCAACCUAGUGGAAGGGGAUCUUUUAUGUAUGGAGGGACACAGUUUAUGGGCCCUGCCGGGAUGGCAGCUGGUCACGGCAAUCCAAAUUUCCCUGCUUUUCUACCUGUUAUGCAAUUCGGUGGUCAGCAUGGUGGGGUUCCAACUUUUGGAAUGGCUCUUCCAGGUUAUUUCCAACCAGAACAUGGUACCGGAAAUCCUGAGAUGACAUGGCUGCCAAUUUUGGCUGGCCCUGGAGCAUUAGGGGGUUCAUAUUGUCCACCUUAUACUGUCCUUGAUGGUUCUUACCAAGCAGACAAACCAGGGUUACCUUCCUCUGCCGGAUCGUCCAGCCAAGAGAACAGUUCCAAUAAUCCUAAUGAUGAAGAGCCCAUGGAGAGACCUGAGGUUACGAACAAUGGGAAUUCUCAACGGUCAAAUAGCAACCCAAACAAGCAGCCUCGUAGAUACUCGGAGAUGAGCUUUAGCAAGUGAGUAAAGAAGAGUGGAAAGGAAGAAGGUCAUCUAAUUUGACUAAGUGGAGUGAAAGGAGGAGGGUGAGAGAGAAGAGCUCCUUAGGAGCAGCAGGCCCUUGGUGCUUCUCCAACUGCUUUAUGAAGCCGUUUGGGCUGCUAUUAUUGUUACCUAUUUUUAUUAGGAGGUUGUUGUGCAAUUGAAAAGAAUUUUUGUUUUGUUUUCGUUGUUAUGAGAGCUUGAGCUUGAGCCGUGGGCGUCCUUCAUCUGUAAUUUAUUCUUUUGUCCGUUUGGGUUCAAAUUGAUAUUUUGUAAUGUUGAUAUGUGUUAUUCUGUUUUCGUUUGUCAACUUCUUUAUCAAAAGUUGUGUGCCCUAUUCGUACGCCUGCGAAGUCCCCCCAAGAAUUGCCCAUGUUGAGUUUUGAUGGUAGUUAGUUGUCUAUGUUUUAUAUUUUACGCAAGGGGAUAGUGGUGGUGCUCAGUCAAAUUUACCCGAUUCGUGAGAAAUGAGUCAUUG